AUGGACGACUGGGACGCAUCCUCAUCCGACGAACAACCACAGCAAGCACCACAGCCAGUCGCUGCAGCUGCACCUGCUCGCAAGGGGAAGUUUGAUGACGAAGACGAAGAAGACAAAGUAGAGGACAGCUGGGACGCACCUUCAGAGGAUGAGAAGGACGAGAAGAAAUCAGCACCUCCAAAGAAGCCAGCCGCAACAGCAGCACCACCAAAGAAAAAAGGCACACUAAAGGCAAAGCUGGCACAAAAGGAAGACGAGCGCAAGCAAAGAAUGGAGAAGCAGGGUGAGAUUGACGAUGGCGAUGCUAUCGAUUGGUUGGAGAAGCAGAGAAUCGAAAGACAGCAAGCCAAAGAAAAGGAAAUCGAGAGCGAUCUUGCUAACGCAGCAGAUCUCUUCGCCGGAAUGAACGUCUCUCCGUCUACGACUCAAACGCUUAAGAAGAAGCCAACCAAGUUACCUGAAUUCCAACAGCUGGCUGCUGCCGUACAGGAAGUAUACUUUGCUCCAUAUGUCACCAACCCACAAUACUCUCAAUUCGUUACAACGCUCGUUAAGAACCUCGCAGACACACUCAAGGAAAACGAGAUAAAGGGUAUGGCUAGCAGACUCAACACACAAGCUGCAGAGAAGGCUCGCGCUAACAAGGCAGCUGCUGCCAAGAACAAGAAAACCAAACCAAGUCUUGGUGGUGGUCACACAACCACUGGUACUAGACUUGACACUAACAUUUACGAUGAGGCGCUAGAUGAUGGUGAUGAUGACGAUUUGGAGUUCAUGUAG